UAAGAGAAACAAUUGAGACCCUGCAAUUGUGUGUAAAUGAGGCAGAAAGUCAGAUCAGCAACCUGGGACUUGGUGAGGAAGGAUCCAUAAACUCAAAGUGAUGUUUAAUAUUUUUACAAGUUUGGAAAUGUUAGGUCAGGUUUUCAAAGGUUUGUUUGGACCCCCUCAUUAGGCUAGGUUUGGUUUGGUUAUAUUUGGCUGGUUUUAUAUGAUUUUUUUACACAUUUCUAAUACCCAAAGCUCUGCCCACUUUUAACAAUUAAAAUUGUGGGUAAUUUUAUUGGUUAGAAUAUUAGCUCAAUUUAGCGAACCAGUUGUGUAAAUCGAGGGUAAUUCCAUGCCAAAUAUGCCGCUUGGGGUUUGUUUACAUCCGCUCAGUCUGUGUCCUGCCACCACUGCAUCUGUUGUUCACUGCUACCACUCAGUCUACCUCUCAGUCUACCACUCAGUCUACCACUCAGUCUACCACUCAGUCUACCACUCAGUCUACCACUCUACCACUCAGUCUACCACUCGGUCUACCUCUCAGUCUACCACUCAGUCUGUUUCUGUUUAGACAUCAUGCCAAAAGUCUCUCAGAAGUCUCAGAAAGGAAGUGGUGUGGGGAAGAAAGUCAAGAGUGCAGCUAUCAAUUGUAAAAAGUUUAGAAAUAAUAGAACAAAUUUAAAACAAACACUGACCCCCUAGUUUAAAAACCAAAAUGCAGCAACACGGUAAAGAAACAGAAAAGCCACCAGACUCCCAGGGAUCUCAAGUACAUCCUCUGAUCAGUGUGAAGGAAACUGUACCAAAUUUAGAGGAACCUGAUGCAGGUCUUCAUGUUGAUGAUGUUAUAGAGGAUUGUGGAAGUCAAAAUUUUCCUUUAUCCAGUGGAUCCUCCUCAUCAGUGAUGAAAUUUAGGAGUGGAAGUUCUGAAAUAGUAUCUUUACCAGGCAUUGGAGACAGACCCCAUCAACCACGGUCAACCAAUUUUCCAAAGCGUGUGAUAGGGAUAAACCGUGUGGCAAGAGGAUUUCAGGCUUCAUGGUUUGAUCGCUGGCCAUGGAUACAUUACGAUGAAGCAGGAGAUAAGGCAUUCUGCUUUGUAUGUAUUAAAGCUUGUACACAAAAUCUAAUUUCAACGACAAUAGAACCUGCUUUUGUUUUACGUGGAUUUGCAAACUGGAAUAAUGCCACAGGAACCAAGAAAGGCUUUCAAGCACACGAGAGGUCUGAUUGCCAUAAAGAAGGAGUAGAGCGCUGCUUGUAUUUACCUUCAACUUUACAGGAGAAACAAAAUGCUAUUAAUAUAAAGAAAAAGCUCAUUAAUAAAAAGAAAACAGUUGUUAACAGAAAAAAAUUCUUAAAAAUUUUGUCAAACUUGCGAUUUCUGGCAAGACAAGGCCUUGGGAUUCAGGGAGAAAAAGAUAAAACCAAUUCAAACUUUAUUCAGCUGUGUCAUUUAAGAGGUAAAAGUGAUCCUCAGCUGAUGACAUGGGUUAUGAAAUAUCAGAAUAAAUACACUGGCAGUGAAAUGCUGAAUGAAAUAUUACAGGUGAUGGGUAUGAAGGUGUUGAAACAUAUAGCAGUCAGUUUACAAGACACCGAGUUCUUCAGCAUCCUGGCUGACAGAAUUACUGACCACUCAAAUAAGGAACAUCUUGUUGUUUGUGUACGAUGGGUAGAUGAUAAACUUAAAACUCACGAGGAAUUUAUUGGUUUCAAAGCUUUAGAAAAUGUUGAUGCUUCUACUAUGACAGCUGUAAUAAAGGAUCUCUUAAUACAAAUGAAUCUUUCCUUAGAGCAUGCCAGAGGGCAGUGUUAUGAUGGCCACACUCCAACAAUGGGAGAAAUGAAGAGUGUAUCUGAGCUAAUAAAGCAUUGUGAGCCCAGAUGCUUGUACUAUGACUGUUAUAACCACUCGUUUAAUCUGGCCAGUGUGGAAUGUAUCAUGAAGGUCAAAUUAAUAAAAGAAGCUUUAGAAACUACUCAUGAAAUUACCAAGUUAAUAGAACGAUCCACAAAGAAUGAUGCAAGACUUGAGAAAAUGAAAGAAAACAUGAAAGAAGACAGGGAGGAAUCUUCUGACUUAUAUAUGUUAUGUCCAACACGAUGGACGGUCAGAACAAAAGCACUAAGUUGUGUCAUACAAAAUUAUUCUCUCCUGAAAGGGCAUUGGUCCUGGUCACUGGACCACUGCACCGACACUCAGAUGAAAGCAACAAUCCGUGGCAUUUAUGUUCAUAUGUUGCAAUUUGACUUUUUCUUUGGGCUUACUUUGGCUGAAUGUUUACUCCAACAUGCAGAUAGUCUGUGUACAACUCUUCAGAAGCAAAGAUUAUCAGCAGCUGCGGGACAGCCUGUUGCUGCCCUGACUAUAGCAACACUUACUAGUUUACAGACAGAGGAUAAAUUUGAGUUAUUUUGGGCUAAUGUCACCACAAAAGCAAAAGAAAAUUAUACGGAGGAUCCAAAGUUACCACAACACACACACUGUUUUGCUGAUGAACAAGCAACCCCAGAGUGCCCUGAUGCACCAAAACGUAUCUACAGAGCAGUUUACUAUGAGGCCAUACACCUCUUAGUUUCUUGUGUCGAGGACAGAUUUGAACGGCACGACUAUAAAAUAUAUAAGAGUUGCGAGCAGCUUCUUCUCAAAGCUGCAAGCGGAUUGGAUUACACGGACGACUUUCACUCGGUCACUAGUUUUUACGGUUCGGAUUUUGUGAAAGAAGAUCUACAAACACAUCUUAGUACAUUGACCCACAACAGGUCACACGUGGGCGUUGUCACACUCUCUGUUGUGCUCGCGUACCUAAGGUCACUGUCAUUGAGUCAGCAACAACAAAUAUCUCAGGUUAUAAAAUUAGCCAAAUUAAUUCUCAUAAUGCCAACAGCAAAUGCAACUAGUGAACACUCGUUCAGUUCCCGAAAACGCAUCAAAACCUUUCUGUGUACAUCAUCGUGGAGCUGCUGUAACAACCUCAUGGUGUUGUUUGUUCACAGAGAGAGAACCAGCAGUCUCAGCCUGAUUGAAGUUGGAAAUGAAUGCAUGAGUAGAUCAGAAGACACCUUAGAUAUGUUUGGUAAAUUUGUAUCUUCAGAUCUAACCAAAGGUAAAGAUCCAGUAAGAAAAGUUAGUAAAUGCAAACCAAUUAGAUUUAAAGCAAAUCGUAAGGAUUUACAGUAUUGAGUCAACUCAAAUGAUUUAAGAAAAAUAGUACUGUAUACAGUAUAAUAAUUUAUAAAUCACAAGGCUAUUGUUGCCAUUUUCUGUUUUCGUCCCACUGCUGCCGUUAAUCACAUGUAAGGCGAUUGUAUUAGCCCCUGUCU